GGAUUGACAAGGACAUAGAAACUUGUCAGGAUGCCACACUGGGUUCCAAUCCUCUAAAAUAUUACUAAUAGUCCACGAGCUACUGCACCCCUCAUUUUCCGUGACUGCGAGAUUUUUUUGUUAUCUGAUGCAAACCAUAACAAUUAUCUCAUUCAACUAGUUCACGGUAACCGGUUGUUGUAAUGGAUCAUUUGGGGUCCGGGGAAGACCGUUUGGGAAUACCACUAAGGCCUUGAAGUAUUGAUUGUAGCACUUUGGCACACUGACCCUGGUGAUGGCUUGGUUUAAGCAAAUCUUCUGUAUGUCAUGCCUUGUAGCAAAUGCUCUUACAACCAUUACUCCAUGCAGUAACUGUGACGGUAACAGCGUGACCUGUGUUGACGGUGCGUGUCUACCUCGCUGUGUCAGUGUGACGUCAUCUAUAGAGUGUUUCCAGUGUCGGGACUCCAGGUUCUAUGGUAAACAGUGUGAACUUGACUGUCCAGACACCUGUCUCAACUCUCGCUGUCAGAUGGACAACACCCGUGUUGUAUGUACAGAGGGAUGUGUCGCCGGCAAGAAGGGAGAUAACUGUGGUGCGCCCUGUCCUACAGCCUGUACACAGUGUGAACGUUAUGGUGAUGGUUGUACAGGACCGUGUCAGAAUCCCCGGUUUUACGGUCCACACUGUAGAACACCUUGUUCCUCCAGCUGUACAGAUGGAUGCAAUAGGAUCACGGGGGAGUGUGACAGCUGUGAGCCAGGUUUCACAGGGGACAAGUGCGAUGUCACCUGUCCCCCAAACUGUAGAGAUGGAUGUGACAAAGACACGGGGGAGUGUGACAGCUGUGAGCCAGGUUACAGAGGGAAGUACUGUGACAGCUGUGAGCCAGGUUACAGAGGGAAGAACUGUAAUGAUGCCUGUCCCUCAAGCUGUAGGGAUGGAUGUGAUAAGGAGAUCGGAAAGUGUGAGGGUUGUAAUCCAGGGAACAGUGGGGAGUACUGUAAUGUCUCCUGUCCUAUCACCUGUAGGGAAGGAUGUGACCAAGACGGCGGUUGCAACGAGACAGACAUGUCUACAGUCGGAUCCAUACUGACGUCAUUGGCUGUAACUAUCUGUAUAGCGGUCGUUGCGUGUUUAAUAUUGAGAAGAUUAAAACUCAAACUGAAACGUGAAGCUGCUCGGAGUGGGCCUACUCCCAUGAAUGUAAACCCUGCAGUAAGUCUGGAUGACAUCAGUGAGGCGUCCGAUGGAUCCACCUCUAACCCUCUAUAUGAACACGCUGGUGCCUUGAGAAACCUUCCACACAUUAAGAUGUGCCCGGAACUGCAGGAAGACAACUCGGUUACCCACAUGGCGCAGGAAUUUCGGAAUCUGCCAACACCUAAUAACCAAUCUUCACACUGUGGACGUUUGACAGAAAACAUAUCUAAGAACAGAUACCAAGACAUUCUGCCAUUUGACACAACUCGCGUCUGUCUCACAGUGGAGAAUGAGGAGCAGAGUGACUAUAUCAACGCCUCGUACAUCGACGGUUACGGACAUCAAUCAGAGUGGAUUGCAACACAAGGUCCGCCUAGCCACUUGAUGUUGGACUUCUGGAGAAUGAUCUGGCAGGUUGAAGCCACCAAGAUUGUAAUGCUGACAAGACUUGUAGAAGCAGGAUUUGUAAAGUGUGACAAGUACUGGCCAUGCUGCAGCAUGGACUGCAAGACUUACGGGGAUGUGUCCGUCCAGUGCGUGGAGGAGAGGGUGUUUGAACAUUACACUACACGACAAUUCGCCGUUUGGAAAGCCAACUCCCAAACAAGGAAGAUCAACCACUUGCACUACACAUCCUGGCCGGCCCAUGGUGUACCCGAUGAAGUGGCUACUCUCAUUGACUUCUAUAAGGUGGUCAAGAACACGGAUGCAGAUGAAGAAGGCCCAACAGUGGUGCAUUGCAGUGCUGGGGUUGGACGAACCGGAACGUUUCUGGCCCUGGGGUUUCUGAUUGAACAGUCGCGGUAUGAAGGUCAAGCCUGUGUGUUCGCCUGUGUCAAAGGAUUCCGAAUGCAGAGAAUGAAUAUGGUGAACACACCGGAACAGUACAUUCUCCUGUACAGAGCCCUGAUCGGAGCCCUGCAGACCCGGGGGAUACUGCCUGACAACUGUAGACCUGUGUGGCUCCAGUGUCAGCGAUGCUGGAACAAUGUCGCUCACCAACCUGUAUGCAACGGCGUGUUGAUGAGGCAAGUGGCAAAUAGACCAGCGAAUUCAUACGCCAAUCAAGAUGCAAUGUAAAACCGGAUGAGUUCUCUUUGUCCACGCGUCACUCAUAAUUGAGCCGUUCAUAACAUGCCCGUGUAUACCACAUUGCCUACUUACGGAUGUGUCCCCCUGAAACACGUUCAACGUGUUCAUCACUGCAUAUUUGGCCUAUGGUCUUACGUCCAUGUUGUAAAUUGUUUGGGACAGAUUUUCAAAUGACCGCCUCAUCUUAUUUUCCUCGAAGUCAGAGUCUAUCUGCAAUGAUUUCAUCGUUUGAACUAACCCAACUAAAGUGUUAUUCCACAAGAGGCCCAUUUUAUUGCAAAUAUUUGGAGUGAGCUUUUCAACCAUAUGUUAUGUCAACUGGAUUAAUAAUAAGCAAUGAAAUUAAUUUAUGAAAUUUAUAGCUUAUAGCGUCAAAGAAGCGAUAAAUUUUUAUCUUGAAGCCUUUUUUUAACGUUAAACUUCAGUCUAUUUUCCGCUAAUAUAUAUUUCUCACUUUUCAUGUUCAUUUUUUUUCUGACACAAUUUAGUCCUCCCUCGAUCGCUUAUACAUUUGUACAAACAUCAGUCAUACUCUGUCAUUGCUGAAGUAUAUAUUUUCUAGGCUCUUUCUGCAAACUGAUACCAGUGUACACAAUGUAUGCAUGUAUAUAAAGUUGUUUUUAUUGUAUACGAUUAUGGCUUCCCGUUUGCUCACACUUUAAAUUGAUUUAUACUAACAAUCUUAGUAUCACAGAUUAGUCAUUCAGCAGACUGCUUUGGCCUAUCAUUAUAUACCAUAGGAAACUGUUCUCAAUGUAAUUACUCAUAUCAAGGAAGUCAUCACAACACAACGAAUUCAUUUACAUGGAUCAAACUAAAGUAUUUAUCCAUUACAUUCAAAUAGCUAUACUGUUUAUUGUUUGGACAACAAUGUAUGCUUCCCACAUAGGGGCGUGUGGUAGCCUAGUGGUUAAAGCGUUCACACGUCACGCCGAAGACCCGGGUUCGACUCCUCACAUGGGUACAAUGUGUGAAGCCCAUUUCUGGUGUCCCCCGCUGUGAUAUUGCUGGAAUAU